CCUGCAACUGACAUUAGCUCGAUUUUCUAUAUCGUAUAUUAUUUUUUGCCUCAAUAGUGGAAAAUGAAAUGAAACUUGUGGAGAUAAGAAUCCUGAAAUAAAGAAUUGAUAAAAUGAUACAAGUUUUUCACACUGAAGACCACUAUAUCUUACAGGAUGGCGAUUUUACGCUGUGGUGUAGUAGAACUACAGGAGCUCUUGAACCAAAAAAAGGUAUAGACUUAUGUUCAGCAUGGAAUCCUGUUUGUAUUGGAAUGGUCUAUGGGGUUAUUGGAAAGGUCAAAGUUCACCCAGAAGCAGAAUGGAGUUUGUUAUUAAUCAGACAAAGAGCUCAUGUUGGUAGAAUAGACAGACACGAUAUUUAUAAGAUCCACAAGAUAGCUGUGAUACCACUUUCUGGUAAUGACCCAGGGGAAUUGGACUUAGAGCUGUGUAGAAUGCAUCAUUUUGGGAUAAAGAAAGCGUCAUUGGCUGAACCUGAUGGUAGCACAGGGAAACAGAUACAGAAAAAACUUAAGUCAAUCAAGAUUGCUGCUUCAGAAAAUAUUAAACCAAAGAACAAAGAAUCCAAAGACAAGGACAAGUUUAUCAAAAGAAUAAUGGAGGAAUUAGUGAAGAUGUUCAAUGAAUCAGACUCAUUCUACUUCAGUGAAACGUUUGAUCUGACAAACAGUAUACAUAAACAAUACUCAUCAAGCUAUAGUCCAAAGACAUUCCUAUGGGAAAGGGUUGACAAAAGGUUCUUUUGGAAUUAUCAUAUGACAAAAGAAAUCAGAGAAAUGUAUCUAGAAAAUGAGGACCCAGAGUUAUGGUCCCAUUGGAUAUUGCCUGUUAUUCAGGGAUAUGUCCAAAUAGAACAUUGUAUUAUGGACUUUAAGGGAGACAAAGGUAUGAGUGAUUCUACCCAUACACCAGAGUUUGGUAACACUAAGUAUACUGCACCAUUAGAGUAUGAUAUUGGUAUUAUUUCCAGAAGGAAUAGGAACAGAGCAGGUACAAGAUCAAAGAAACGAGGUUUAGAAGAUACUGGAGCAUGUGCUAAUUAUGUAGAAACAGAACAGUUUUUAGAAUUCAAGCCACAUAUUGUUUCGUUUGUACAAGUACGAGGGUCCAUUCCAGUUUACUGGAGUCAGUCUGGAUACAAGUACAGACCCCCUCCACGGCUAGACAAAGGAUCCAAGGAAAACUAUGAAGCUUUUACAAAACAUAUAGAAGAACAACUUUAUCUAUACAAUUCUUUUGUUGCCAUCAACUUAGCUGAACUGUCAGGAAAGGAGAAAGCUAUCAGUGAUGCCUUUUUGUCUAACGUUCUGGAGUACAAUUCACGAGAUAUUACAUAUAUCUCAUUCGAUUUUCACGAGUAUUGUCGUGGUAUGAAGUUUGAAAAUGUUUCUAUCCUGACUGAUGGAAUAAAAGACAUUAUCAAAAACAUGAAAUAUACAUGGGUAGACAGGAAGGGUGUGAUAUGUGAACAGAAUGGUGUAUUCAGAAUCAACUGUGUGGACUGUUUAGAUAGAACAAAUGUAGUGCAGACUGCCAUAGCUCGGAUCGUCAUGGAAACUCAGUGUCGGAAACUUGGCUUGUUACCUCCAGAAGAAAACCUGCCACACAGUUGUAAGAGGACAUUUCAACAGCUUUGGGCCAACAAUGGAGAUACAAUCAGUCGACAAUAUGCUGGUACUGCUGCUUUAAAGGGUGACUAUACCAGAACUGGAGAGAGAAAGUUAUCAGGGAUGAUGAAGGAUGGGGUGAACUCAGCAAACAGGUAUUAUCUGAGAUUUAAGGACAACUUUAGACAGGCUGCCAUUGACCUUACUUUAGGACAGCCAGUAGCUGAGGAUCUCUUGACUGGUACAACUAAAAUAGAAGAGGACACCAAAGAUCUUGUAGAAAGAGAGGAGAACUUGAAGUUAUUAGUAGAGGAUUGUAAGAAAAUGUUAAUCGUAGAACCCGAGGAAUGUCUCGGUGGAUGGAGUUUGAUAGAUGCUGACCCUGUGACUGGAGACCCAGACAGACAGGAAAUGGAUAUAAUCUUGUUACUAAGCCAGAGAGCAGUAUAUGUGGCAUGGUAUGAUGAUGAAGAAGAGGGUAUAACUUGUUAUCAACGAAUAUUUCUGGAGGAUAUCGAACAAAUAGAAAUUGGUGCUGAGCCAGCCAUCUUCAAAUCAAAGUUUGUAUGCUUACGACUUUAUUACCAUCACUAUACAGAUGAAGGAUUUUUCCAUACCUUUCGUACUCCUAGUACAAGGUUGUUUAACAACAUUGUAAUUGCUGUAAAAAAUAAAGAGGAAGCUAAAGAAUCUCUUGGUGCCAUAUAUCAAGGCUUUGCAGCUGCAACAGAAGAAAUACUGUCACUUAAAUUACCACUUAUAGAUGUUCCUAAAUUAGAUAGAAAGAAAACAAAACCACAUAUAGACGUUCAAUACAUACACCAACAACAACAAGAGAAUUCAUUGUCAGGGAUACAUAUACCAAGAGAUGUAUCAGCACCUGAUUUGGCACAGAUGAAGCAAUCGUCCAGAAAGUCACCUCGAUCAAGUCUCACGCCAAGUCCUGUAGAGCCCAGCUCGCCCUCAGAAAGUCCGUCAAGAACAAGGAGAAAUAUCAUGUCUGAUUUAAAGAAAAAUAUCAACACCGGCUUAAAGAAUAUAACCAAAUUAAAUAUACCAGGAAUAAGACUUGGACGGAAUGCUCCCGAUGACAGAACCACAAUGGAUGAUUCUAGUGUAUUUUACAAACAAGAAAAACAAGCAGGUGGAGAUCAGCUUAACAGAACUGAUUCAUCUGAAAAUGUAACUCUAAAAUUUAAAGUUUCAGAAAAUGUUGCACCAAGUGAGAGAAAAUUAAAGGGAGAUAAUUUCAAUGAAAAUGCAGAAUCAAAUCUGCAACACUUUACUAAAGAUGCACCUAAUGCUUCAGAGUCCUCUGAAAAUUUUGAUGAUGAAGAUGGAGGAAAUAUGUCUCAUACUUUAGGGAAAUCUCAGGAAGAUGAUUCUAAGAGUUCUUCUAAUAUGAACAAUCCAAUUGAAGUCUCUAGUCAUGACAAUGAACCUACUCAGACGUCUAAAAUACCCAAAAUUAUAUUUCCCGCUACUAAUAGUACUAAAACACAACGAAUUGCUGAAUCUUUGGAACAGGAAAUGAGACAGAAGCUUGGAGAUAGGAAAUGUUACACUCAAGUUAUAUUUUUAUAGAAGCAAUUUUCGUCAAUUUUAACCUCUAUGUGCUCAGAGUUUAACAUGUGUGUAGUUGAUAUUAGGAUGCUCUUCCCAUGCAAUUUUUAAAAGAGCUUAUUAUGUUUCGAUGUGAUUUGUGAUAUUAAUAUUUGUGGUUGUCAAUUUUAUCUUUUUUCUGGAAUAUUUGAUAUUUCAUGGUUUUAUACAUGGCAAAAAUAUAUUUAUGAAAGUAAUUUAAUUAUGUCAAUUAUGAAAAUGAAUUAUUAAAUGAAACAAAGAUAGUAUUAGUCAAUGCAUUAGUGAUAGUUAAUGUCUAGUUCUGUCUUGUGUACCAUGGUUAUUGAAAAAUAUGUUAAUUCCUAAUGUGAAGCAAGUACCAGUAAACCUGCAAUGCCUUUAUCAUGUUUGACCCAAAUUCCAAACAGUAGAAUUUGUCUAGCUAUCAGUAUAUAUAUUACCACUUGCAACUUAAAUAUUUUUAAAUUGUAUUUUAUUUUAAAAUAAUUAUAAAACAUUCUUUUUUGUGUACUUAUUCAAAAUGCAAAAUGCAAAAUGAAAGUCAAUGUAUAUCAUACUGCAAGAAAAAUUGCAAUACAAAAUUACUGUAAAACAGCUUCUCAAAAGCUAGCUUAGUGUUAUUCUUUGAAUUUUCAAAUAUAUUACCUCUUGCUUCAGCUUAAUUUUGAAUAAUUUAAAAAAAAAAAAUGGACUGUACAGUGUUAAACAUUUUCUGCUCAACUUUAAUUCGAAACAUUCAGCGCCAUUUAUCCACUACCGUCUCUCAUUAAUGGAGUGAUCAUAGUAAUUAUAAUAUAACAGCUGGAAUAUUUGGGUAAGCUUAACUUUAUUACUAUUAGCUUUAAGUUUGUUUUCAUCCAUGAGUAGGAUAAACAAUCCAAUUUAAUGUAGUCUUAACAUUAGUGUCCAAUUUUACCACCCCAAAAAAAAUAGGUCACAAAUAAAUGUUUUAUGAAUAAAUGUAGUUACAUGUAUUACCGAACAAGUGCACUUUCUUCUUUUUUUUAUACAAUUUUAUUUAUUGAACAAAAGUCACAAAAUUUUACAGAACAAUGCACUUCUAAACAAGUUUUCUUGCAAAGGAAUUAAUUCAUUUCAAAAAAUAAAAGUUAGGUUUUGUUUUGAGGUAGAACUUGAUCAGGUAAAAUAUGAAGUAGUAUAAUAAUUUCAAGACUUCAUGACUUUGUUUUUGAUGGUCAUAUUAUCACUGACCUGAUAUAUGUUGCAAGAAAAUUGGAUAAUUCAAAUUAAAAUAUUUUGUCCUACAUAAAUAGGGAAAUUUACAAAUAGAGUGCAAUAAUUAGUACAUGUAGCCAAAAGUUUAUACAUGUGUGCCAACUUUUUUUCUCCACAGUUAGAGAUCUGCCUUGAUGACUAUUUUAUUGGGAGAUUGCAAUCUAACAGAUUCUAUGAUAUUUUAUGUUCUUUUUUGGAGUGAAAUUAUGAAUGUUCAAGUAUUUAAAUAAUGAGCAUAUAAACAAAGCAUUUGUCAAUUAAUUUGUUAUUUUUAUUUAUAAAGACAAUUAAUUUUAGUAACUAAUAUUAUGAAUACAUUAAUAGCCCUAACAGCUGGUUAUAGCAUUCCUUAUUUUGUAAACUAGCACAAUAAGAAAUAUUAAUUGUAAAUUUGAUUGGACAACUUAAAUAAAACAAUUACAAGUAGUUGAAUAACAAUCAAAGAAGGACUUUUAUAAAGCCUUCUUAACAUGAAAAAUAUUAGAAGAUAUUUGUCAUCUUCUUUAUUUGAAAGAAUUUGAAACUUCAUUUUGAUGAGUUGUAUCAUGGAAGCAAUUUUAGAUUUUCGGGUAUAGGCAUUUUGAUAAUAAGGAAUGUAUCAUACUCACUGUAUUGUUUAAAAGCUUCAUCAAACAUGUUUGAAGUGAAAAAAUGUAGACAAAUUGUUUUUAGAAAAAUUUAAGCGACUGUAUAGAAAUUUCAUUGGAGGUAGAUGUUAAAUAAUAAACAAGCAGAUCAGGGUAUAUAUUUUAAUGUCUUAUUAUUUUUGUGCUUUUUAGCUCACCUGGCCCGAAGGGCCAAGUGAGCUUAUGCCAUCACUUGGCGUCCGUCGUCGUCCAUCGCCUGUCGUCGUCGUCGUCUGUCGUCGUAAACUAUUUCAAGAAUCUUCUCCUCUGAAACUACUAGGCCAAAUACUUCCAAACUUUAACUGAAUGUUCCUUAGGGUAUCUAGUUUAUAAAUUGUAUCCGAAGUUUGAUCUAUCAACAAACAUGGUUGCCAUUGCUAAAAAUAGAACAUAGGGGUCAAAUGCAGUUUUUUGGCUUAUAUCUCAAAAACGAAAGCAUUUAGAGCAAAUCUGACAUGAAGUAAACAUGUUCAUUAGGUCAAGAUCUAUCAGCUCUGAAAUUUUCAGAUGAAUCAAACAACCCAUUGUUGGGUUGAUGCCACUUAAUUGGUAAUUUUAAGGAAAUUUUGCAGUUUUUGGUCAUUAUCUUGAAUAUUAUUAUAGAUAAAGAUAAACUGUAAACAGCAAAAAUGAUCAGCAAAGUAAGAUCUACAAAUAAGUUAAUAUGACCAAAAUUGUCAAUUGACCCCUUAAGGGGUUAUUGUCCUUUAAUGACAAUUUUUCACAAUUUGUUCAUCAUAUUUGCUAAUUUUAAAAAAUCUUCUCCUCUAAAAUACUCAACCAAAUUCAACCAAACUUCAACUGAAUGAUCAGUAGGGUGUAUAGAAUAGACUUUGUGUUUUAUUUUCUAUUUCGUCAAAAAGCAUGGCCAUCAUGGCUAAAAAUAGAACACAGGGUAAAAUGCAGUUUUUAGCUUAUAUCUCAAAAACUCCAGCAUUUAGAGCAAAUAAGACAAGAAGUUAAAGUAUUUAUUAGGUCAAGGUCUACCUGUCCUGAAAUUUUUAGCCUAUGGGGGUAACUGGUUUUUCAGGUAUAAUGCCCCUGUAUUGAUGAUUUUAAAGAAAUUUUGCAGUUUUUAGUAAUUAUCUUGAAUAUUAUUACAGAUACAGAUAAACUGAUGAUAGCAAAAUUGUUAAGCAAAGUAAGAUCUACAAAUAAGUCAAUUUGCCCAAAAUUGUCAAUCGACCCCUUAAGGAGUUAUUGCCCUUUAAAGACUUUUUACACAAUUUGUUCAUCAUGUUGACUUACUAAAUACUUUAAAAAAUCUUUUCCUUUGAAACUGCUGUAUCAAUUUCAGCCAAACUUAGGCUAAAUGAGUUUCAGAGUAUCUAGUAUAAAUUUUAUAUUUUAUUUCCUUGUAUGUCAAGAAACAUAGCUCCUAUGGCUAAAAUAGAACAUAGGAGAAAAUGAUUUUUUUCUGCUUUUGAAGAAAAUAGGACAAUUCAAAGAACAUUUAAAUAAAUUGAAAAGCCAAAAUAAUCAGUGAUGAGAGAUUAAACCAAACAAAUUAAGGUGAGCGAUUCAGGCUCUUGAGAGCCUCUUGUUUGAUUAAAAGGAUUGUUUUCAAUCACUAUGGAUUUUGCUUAUUGGUAUGCAUACGUUUUAUUUUAUUUACAUAAUCUUUACAUUCUUGUGGUUUAAAUUCUAUGUUAUCUUUUGCUGAGCUUUUUUGACACCUCAAUGACAAUUUUUUUUUCCUUUUUCAUUUAAAAAAUAUCUGUACAAGAAAAUAUAUGCAUAUGUUUUCAUUUUAAAACUUUACGAUAUUAAGAGAAGUUGUAUUGCACUUUUCAGGAAAAUAUAAAUUACAAUAACUUUCCUGUAGGGGUAGUAUUCACACAUCUCUAAAAACUGACACACCUUUAAAUUAUUUGAAUUUACAGGUCUAUUGUUAAUCUAAUUAUUCCCCCAAAAAAUGAAUGUGUAUGUUUAUUAUAUUUUGAUAACAUUUUGUUUUAUUUUGCUGUUUUUGUAGGUUAGUGAUCCAAUGGCAUUAUUAUAUCUUACAUGCAUGUUUCUUUUCUGUUUUUGAACUUUAUUGUUUGAAACGAACUAGUUUUAAAAGAACCAGUUUUAUUUCUUUUUUUUCAUCACGUGAGUUGUCUCCCAUUUCCUGAGUGAGGAUUAUUCAUAUCCUGUGUUUCUUUACAUAAUUUCUAUUUGAGAAAUCAUCUAUUUUUUAAUUUGUAAUUAAAAGAAAUAUCCAGGCAAUGGGCAACAUUGUUUCUAUAUUAAAUCAUCAAAUAACUCUAAAUUUUCAUUUGUGUUAUCAAAAUUAUGGCAAAAAUGUAAUGCAGAGUACAAGUGUACCAAAAUUUCAAAAAAGACGGACUGCUAAGAGGAAUUUAAAAGUGUUUGAUCUGUUUACAAAAUGUUAAAGAAACUAGCCUCUAGAACCUUACCAUACAGUUUAUAACACAAAAUGGUUUUGUUGGGUUUUUUUUGCCAAAAAAGUAAGAUUUUUGUAACCUACUUCAAAUAUAUUUAAAAACUAAAAAACUUUUAAGUCAUCAGGAAUUUUAUAGGAAAAUUACUUUUUUGUAUGUCUAGUCUUAAUUCAAUCUUAUGUCCAGGUAAAUGUCAAAGCAAUCGCAAACUAGGAGAUGACUAUACAUAAGACCCAAGACAUUGUAUAAAGUAAAUAUUUGAUGUGCAAUAUUGCAAUAGUUGUAUGUUCAGUUUGUAUUUUGUCAGCAGCGAUAUUUUGUUUUAUUAUUAACAAUUCAUAUCUUUUUCCUUUAUUUUGAAUUCUAUUUUUUAGCUUUACAUUCCUUAAAUGUUUCUUUAGUAUGAGAUUUGUAGAUUGCACUGAAUAAGCUGA